UCAAGAAAGGAACCAAGAUCUUAUGGUGACACAAUUUUUGUGCAAGUUUGAUUAAAUUCAAAUCAUAAAUGAAGCUGCUAUUGUGCAGACAAGGUCAAAAUUGCUAAUUCUGGCCCUAUCAGGGGCCAUAACUCUGAAACCCAUAAUGGAAUCUGGCUGGUUCAAGAAAGGAACCAGGAUCUUAUGGUGACACAAGUUUUAUGCAAGUUUGGUUAAAAUCAAAUCAUAAAUGAAGCUGCUAUUGUGCAGACAAGGUCAAAAUUGCUAAUUCUGGCCCUAUCAGGGGCCAUAACUCUGAAACCCAUAAUGGAAUCUGGCUGGUUCAAGAAAGGAACCAGGAUCUUAUGGUGACACAAGUUUUAUGCAAGUUUGGUUAAAAUCAAAUCAUAAAUGAAGCUGCUAUUUUGCAGACAAGGUCAAAAUAGCUAUUUUUCGCACUUUCAGGGGCCAUAACUCUGGAACCCAUAAUGGAAUCUGGCCAGUUCAAGAAAGCAACCAAGAUCUUUUGGUGGUACAAGUUGUGUGCAAGUUUAGUAAAAAUCAAAUCAUAAAUAUAGCUGUUAUUAUGUAGACAAGGUCAAAAUAGCUAAUUUUGGUCCUUUCAGGGGCCAUAACUCUGGAACCUAUAACGGGUUCUGGCCAGUUCAAGAAAGGAACCAAGAUCUUAUGGUGAUACAAGUUGUGUGCAAGUUUGGUUAAAAUAAAAUCAUAAAUGAAACCACUAUCGUGCAGACAAGAAAUUGUGGACGGACGGACGGUCACUAUGUGACAGGUGAGCUAAUAAAUGUACAAGACCAUUACAUGAUAAUCCAUUUUAGUUCUAUUAUUAUUGAUCAUAUCUAAUCUAAUCUUUGAGGGUUUUUGAAAUUUGCAGAAUUACUCUUAGUCAUUUUCUGACUUAAUAAAACAGUUCUCACAAUGAUAAACAAACCUGCCUAUAAAGACCACCUCUGGGAGAGGCAAAAUGGGGUUUUUAUAAAUUGAGAGGUGGUCUUUAUUCACACGUUAAAAUACACUGUAAAGGUUAAAAUGGGAAACGAAACAUGAAGUCUUUAGAGCCAGGUGGUCUCUGUUCAGAGGUGUUCUUAAACACAGGUUGAUAUAUACAUUUAUAUGUUGCCCUGAUGGUUAUAUAUGUGAAACAGAUAGGUAGACAAAAAUAUUUAGAGAGGAAACCCGAUGGAUGUUUUUUCUUUUUUAUUUAUUAUAUAUUUGUCCAGGAGUAACUUUUAAUAUAUAUAUAUGAAAGUUAAUACUGGAGCAGGUUGAUCAUAUAAAUUAGAUACAUUGUAAAGAUCCCUGUUACAUUAAAGUACUUGGGAUAAAUUUGUUCAGCAAUGAUGAACAGAACAACUAUGUAAAUCACGGUAAUUUUUUAAAAUGAAGAUUACAGCCAAGUCAAGACAUCAAUAUCCCGCACAUUUUUAAAGUAAGUAUUAUUGACUUCUGUUAUUUACAUUCUCAUCCAUCAGAGGUUCGUCAAAAUCCCGAGACGAACCUCUGAUUUAUUUCCAUCGUUUACUUGGUGAGCAUGCGCACUCGUAAUUACUAUCGGGAGUGGUUUCAGCCAAUCAUUGUUCGCCAUUAUUUGGAACUCUGAAUUGAAACUUCAAAAAAUAUGUAAACAAGAUACUUGCUUACGAUGGAUAAAGGCUGUAUUCCAUGAUUGCGAUAAAUAAAGAUUUAUUCCUGUAAUUCGACGUUAAGAGAUUUACAUCAAGAAAUAAUAAUAUUCGUCGUAAAUGGACAUCGUAUUCCCUCGAUAAUAUGAGAAGGGCGCGGUCACGCUUUUCACGGACGAUUUUGAUUGGUUCGCUACGAUUUGUCGCGAAACGACGCUGAUUGGCUGAAACGUUUUACCUGUAUUGUAACCAAACCAUAAAUAUCGGUGAAAUGUGCCAGAGGUUCAUCCGGGGAACCACGGUAGACCUCUGGUAUGCGAGAAUGGUUAUUUAUGAUGCAAUGUGUUUAGUGUAUAAUUUUAUUUUCAGUUUUAUAUAAGAGUGCACUGGACUCUUUUGGCUGUUGGGUAUAUGUGUGUGUUUACAUCCUUCUGUGUGUGCUUGCGUCCGUUCUAUUUUGUCAGGAACCUAACUUUGACAUGCAUGGACCAAUCUUGUUUAUAUUUGGCAUGAACGUUUACGUCGGUGAGAUGUGUCAAGCACAAACCCCAUAUUCCUAACUCAAAGUUCAAGGUCACAGUUGGAGGUCAAAGGUCAAAUUGAAGUUUGUUCGGAGCAUUUCUCCUUCAUGCAUGUUGGGAUUUUGAUGUUACUUGCUAUGAAUGUUCACCAUUAUGUGAUGGAAUGUCAAGCGCAAGAACUGUGUCUCUAGGUCUAAGGUCAAGGUUACACUAGACAGCUGGCGAGCUCAACACUCUGCCCAUGGAAAUACUUGUAUUUAUAUAGAGGCUCCCCCACUUUUAGGACACACCGCUAUUUUUUAUACACCCUUUUGAAAAACGGGACAUUAUGGGAACACCCCUAGCUGGCGUGCGGACAGCAUCCACAUACUUUGUCUGGAGCAUAUCUGCCUUAUGCAUGGAAGGAUUUUAAUGUCACAUGUUUAAAUUGUGCACCAUCAGACUGAAUGUCAUGCUCAAUAACCUGGUCCCUAGUUUAGAAUUACUUCCCUUUAUUGUUAUUUAAAUAGAUUAUAUUGUAACUUUUAUUACUGGUUGUAGGGAAAAAUCAAGACCAAUUUUCUGUACAACAUGCAUGUUACAUUCAAUUUUGAGAUGUAUGUUGACCUAUCUCUUCUACCUGGUAAAGAAUUUUUGUGUAGACUUAGAAAUUUUUUUAUUUUACUUUUUUUUUAAAGCUUAACUUCCCCAAGUUGUAACUAUAAGUAACUUAUAUUGUAACUUUUUUUUAUAAUUGACCGUAGGGAAAAUCCAAGACCACUUUUCUGUGGAACAAUAUAGAUGUUUCUUUCAAAUUUUAGGUGUAUUUUAAGGUAUUUCUACCUGGUAAGGAGUUUUUUGUGGACUUCGAAUUUUAACACAAUUACGCAACCAUAAAAUUAGAAUUCCAUUUGCAAAUACAGUUGCUAGACCAGUGUAUAUUUGCUAUGAUGGGCAUAUAUUGUGACAUUCUGGCACAUUUGUUUUGUUUGUCUUGGGUUUACGGCAGUCACUUAACCUAAUCAGUGUUCCUUGUUUCUGUACCAUCUUCGCAAGUAACUGCCAACUUCCCAACCCAAAUUAGAGGUGAAGGAUGAAUUAUUUCAGACACUGUCUUUUAUUAAAUUGUCUAGAGAACAAAAGUCUUGAGGAGAAUGAACUCACAACUUUACAUAAAUACAGACUGGUAUGAAAACUGAACCAAUUUUCAAGUCCAAAAAGGGCCAUAAUUCAGCCAAAAUAGUUGACAGAGUUAUGUACUCUUGUCUGCAGAUGGAAAUCAUAAUGAUAAACAAGUGUUCAAAGUUUUGAAGAUAGUUGACAGUUAUGUACUCUUGUAUACAGAUAGAGACUGUUGUAAUAAACAAGUGAUAAAAGUUUCAAAGCCAUUAUGUCAAACACUUUACACAAAAUGUGAACUGAUACGAAAAACAUGACCCAGAUUUCUAUGUUAAAAGGGGUCAUAAUUCAGCAAAAAUCCUUGAUGGAGUUAAUGUACUCUUGCCUAAAACUGGACAUAGAGAUGUGAAACAAGUGUUGAAAGUUUCAAAGCUUUAUCUCAAAGACUUUGUCAAAAAAGAACUGGUACGAAAAACUUAACCAUGGUGAGUAGGAUAGCUCUACUUAUUCUUUGAAUAAUCGAGCUAAAAAUGGAAUUCAGAGACCCAAACAUAAGUUUUUUUGAUAUUGUAAUAUUUUCCCUUGACCAAAUUGAAUUUUAUCAUUCGUAUCAGUUAUCAGAAACUCUGAGAAAAAGUAUGGGUCUACCAGUUAUUUUUUUAAGAAUUUAACAGAAUUACUCAAGAAUACCGCAAGUUAUGUAAAAGAAAAUAAUUAUGUUUUAUUUACAUUCUCUUUCCAUUCUUCUAGAUAAAAUGUCAACUGCAAUGUGGAAGAAGUGCCUCUUACACACCAUGCUGUCUUUAAAGGAAUCUUGAAGGUUUGAUGGAGGUAAAAGAGGAAGAUCUGCAGGAGAUGGGUAUUACUAAAAUAGGAUUGCGGAAAAGUUUCUUCGGAGCCAUUAAGAAAGUGAGAGAAGGUCACAUAGGCACCCAUGAUGAAAGGAAGGGAUUACAGUUGCAUGAGGUACCACCUGUAAAGAAGUCUUUGGCCGAAAACAAAUUUGGACUCUUGACACCAGUUGCAACUAAACUCCAGUCAUCAACUUCAAAUAGGAAAGAAAAAGCUACAGGAGGCACCCCUAAGAUUCCAAGUAAAGCUGCAACGCCAAGAAGGAAAAUGUUUUUUGACACAGACACAAAAGGAAGCCCUCAAAGACUGAUAACAACAAUGCUCUCAGCAGAUAGUCCAUCAACACACCCAACAGCAAGAUCAAAGGGUAUAAAGAUAUACUCUGAGAGAGAGAUAAGAGAUGCAAAGGGGCUAGACAAGGAGAGACUGCCCUUUUGGAAUAGUUUUGUGGAAGAACUUUGCAAAAAUCAGAACUUGUCAAAGCUUGAAGUGCAUGGAAUUGUCGACUACGAGUGGCGAUUAAGGAAAACAGACCUUCUUUUAAAUGAGGCAAGUGAAAGCAUGGCAAAGAAGGGAAUAGAUGAGAGAGUAGAGAGGAUGAAAGAGGCAAGGAAAAGGGUAGAAGAAGAAUACAAAAAUGUGAAGGAGGCAAGGGUUCAGGGACGGAAAACAGCUGCUGGAAUAAUUGAAGUGGAAAAUCUGCUGCCAGCUUUUACCGAAUUAAAAAAAGCCCAGGAUUGUGUGCAGAAGUGUUUGAGGAAGAAAUCAGUGAAGCAAAAAGCAAUCUGUAUUGAGGAAAGUCAUAGUGACCUGGAUGACAUAGAUGUGGAGGGAAUUGUUACAGAGAUUAAAAACGCAAGAAACACUUAUGAUAAUAUUGAAUAAAUCUACUGUAGUUUACAGCCAAUCAUGAAUCAUUGACUUGAAAAACAUUCAUCCAAUGUAUUUUAUUAACAAAAACCCUUAAUCUAGCUUUAUCAAUUAUCAUAUUUUUUCAAAUUAUUUCCGUAGUGACUAAAUUUUUGUUAUUUUCUAAAUCAAAAACAUGUACCGAUAAACUAGAGACGUUGAAAAAAUGUAAGUGUGGUUGAGGGGAUUCCCAAUUUUUAUAUCAUUAAACAACUUAUUGAUGUCAGGCUACUCAAACUCACUUUAACCUUACCCUGCUAUAUUACUUAGUUAUUAACACUACAAUGGACUGGUCCAUCUUUCUAUCUGGGCAACACCAUAUACUAUUUGAAGGGGUGUUCAAUGAAAAUUUACUGACUGAAUAGCAAACAAUGCAGACCAUGAUCAGACUGCACAUCCGUGCAGUCUGAUCUUGGUCUACACUGGUCGCAAAGCCAGAAUCACUUGCUGACAGCAGGCUAAAGGUUAAUGUAAAGAGAAAAUUUAUGUAUAAAAUCUGAUCAACAAAACAUUUGGGUGCCAUUUAACUGUUAUUCACUAUUUUAUGAUAUAGUAUUAUUCAUUUCCAGAUAUUAAGUAAUCACACAUUUUCACAUACCAAAAAUUUGAUGUAAAAUAUAAGCCUCAAGAGCAACAGAUUCUAUCUUUUUUUACAGAAACAGCAAUAAAAGUUUUCUAAACAUCAAUUCAGAACCUUAAAGCCCUCUACAGACGGUAGGUUUUUGUUGUACAACACUAAUUAUCUCAAGGAUGUACAAUUUUGAAAUUGUACAUUUUUCACAUACAGACAGUAUUCCAUUCUCAUAAAAAUCACAGAGAUUUACCUAGUAAACAUAGUGCAUCAGGUACUGAAAAAAAUGUAACUAUUAAUAAUAAAAAUAAUAUUCACCUUUUUAUGUUCCAUAAAUUUGAUUACAUAUGACACAAAUGAGUCACGCCAUGAGAAAACCAACAUAGUGGCUUUGCGACCAGCAUGGAUGCAGACCAGCCUGUGCAUCCGUGCAGUCUGGUCAUGAUCAAUGAUGUUUGCUUUCAAACUCUAUUACAAUUAGAGAAACCGUUAGGGAACAGCAUGGACCAGACUCGGAAACGCACUGUGUUGGUUUUCUCAUGGCGCGGCUCAAAUCAUUUAACUUUUCAGUGUCAUCCUUUUUCUAUUAUGCAUUAGAAGCCAUUUUAUAUUAAGAUUUGUGUUUAUUUUUUGGGCAAAUGUUUCUGGAAUUUCAUUCACUUGCCUCUUAUCAACUAAUUAUUUACCAAUUUGUUGCUUGUCAACGUGGGUGGUACGUAAGGCAAAACUUACGAAAUAGAACAUGUCCUAAUCUGUAAGUCAAGACUUAAGAUUUACGAAAUCAAGGAAUAGCAACGUACACACGGUAAUAUUUGGCUGUACAUCUUGAAUUUAAUUGGUGUUGUACAACACUAAUUAUCUCAAAGAUGUACAAUUUUGAAAUUGUACAUUUUUUACAUACAGACAGUAUUCCAUUCUAAUAUAAAUCAGAGAUUUACCUAUAUAACAUAUAGUGCAUCAGGUACUGAAAAGAAUGUAACCAUUGAUAAUAAAAUGAUAUUCACUUU